AGUUGCUAUAUUAUUAUCAAACAGCUUCUGUCUAUUUUAUCAUAAAUAAUUUAAUUUUACGUCAUUUAUUGAUUUAUAAAAAAGAAACACCAAAUUAAUCAAGUACCUUGUGAAAAAUAAUCAACAAAAAUGUAUAAAUUAUUUAUUAAAUAUAUUUUAAACGAAAAAUAAACAUGAAAAGUUUGAUAGAAAAAAUAAUAAUUAUUAACAAUAAAUAUUAUGAUAAAAUACAAUAGUUUUUUAUUAUUAUAUUUAUCAAAAAAUAUACAAUUAAUUGUAUUACAAAAUGGAUGAAAAUAUUGUGUUAUCAGUUGAUGAUUCAUCUGGUGAAAAAAAUGAAAUGUCACAAGUAUUAAUAGAUUCAUCAGAUUCAUCAACAACUGUUAAUCAUUCAGAUGACACUGUUGAUGAUAAACAAAAUGACAUUGAUUUGGCACCAUCAAUGACAAGUUAUGUUAAUUUAAAUGAUGACACAAGUACCACACCUUUUAAAACAAAUGAAAAUGAAACUAUUGUAAAUACAUCAGUAAUAUUUGAUGAAGAUAAAAUUAAAAUACCAUCUGUUGAUGAUACUAAACUUGUUAAAUUUUCACUGCCAACAAAUUCUAUUAAUUCCAUAAAUAUUAUACAGUCAAAUACACAAUUUCUAAAUAAAAGUAGAAAUUUUUUAAAUUUCAUCACUGAAAAAUCAACAAAUAUCAUGGAAAAAGCAUUGUUACCUCAACAUAUUGCAUCACGUUACAAUGGUCUUGAUAAAAAUCCAAGAAUAAUUCAAGAUUCAACAAAUAAUUUCGAAAAUAAUGUAUUAUCAAAAAAGUCAGAUAGUUUUAAUAGUAUUAAUGAUACAACUGAUGAUUCAAUGACAUUAUUAACAAAUGAAUGUAUUCCUUCAAAUGAUACUCCAGUAUUAUCACAAAAUUCUUGUUUAUCUGUAUCAAAUGGUCAUUGUAAUGAUGAAAAAGAAAUACCACAUGUUACUCAAGGCUCCAAUGUAAAUGGUACAAAUUUAUUUGAAGAUAAUGAUCAUGAUCAUGAUGGUGGUAAUGAUGAUGAAGAUGAUGAAGUGACUAUUGAAAAUUAUAAAAAACUAAAAAUUCAUAACUUAUCAUUGUUGAAGAAAUUAGAAACAUUAGAAGAAAAAAAUAAGGAAUUAGAAUUACAAAUAAAUCCAGUUGACAUUGAAAAUCGUGAAAAAACUAUUGAACGUUUGACAAAUGAAUUACGAUUGGCUUUGGCAACGAAUGAAGAUUUACGACGUAAUUAUAAUUCGGCAAAUAAAGAGAGAGAAAGUAUGGUAAUGAAAUAUGCUGUUGGAGAAAAACAACUUAUUGAUACUCAAAGAUUAAAAGAUUCUGCUGAAAAAAAAGUCAAAGAAUUAUCACGUGAUAAUGAAAAUUUUCAAUUAAAAUUAAAACAAUUACAAGGUGAACGUACAAGAAUAUGUGGUAUUUUGGAUACAAAAUGUCGUGAAUUAAUUGAUGCACAAAAAGAUAUUGAAAAAUAUAAAGAAGAUUGUAAUGUUAAAGAUGUUAAAUUAAAAUGGUUACAAAAUAAAUUAAAAAAUGAAACAGAUAUACAAAAAGAUAUCCAACAAAAAUUAGAUAAUGCAUUAUUAAAAAUAAAUCAAAUGAAAAAUGAAUGUGAUAAUGUUAAAAAAGAAUCAUUUAAUUCAAUUAUUGAAUUUCAAAAGUCCGAAGAAAAUAAAGCUGUUACAUUGGAUGAACAGCUGAAAGAACAACAAGCAAGGCUAAUAUUAGAACGUCAUGUUACCGAGGAUAAAGAAAAUUUACGUAUUGCAUUAGAAAAACAAGUUGAUGUAUUAAAUAAUAGACAACAAUUGUUAAUUGAAGAAAAUAAUAAUUUAAUUAUUAAAAUAAAUGAUUAUGAAAAAAAUCAUUCAACAUAUGAAAGUAAUUAUGAUAAUUUAAAGCAAUUGGCUGAUAAAAGAUUGAAAGAAAUUAAUGAUUUAAUGACAAAAGUAUCACAAAUUGAAACAUUAAAACUUCAAUUAAUUCAUAAAGAUCAAUGUUUGGCAUCAAUUGAGACAGAAGUUGAACGUUUACGUUUAUCAAAUCAAGAAAUGCAAAAUAAUAUGGAAUGUUGUCGUCAACGUGAAGCUCAUAUGCUUGAAUUUACUCAAAAAUUAACUGAUAAAAAUGUACGUUUACAAUCAGAAUUUUCAUCAAUCGAAGCUAAAUCAAAUCAACUUGAAAUUGAACAAGGUCCAUUACGUAAAAAUAUCAUUGAGCUAAAUGAAACAAUAAAACAGCUUGAUAAAAAUUUUAAUAUUGAAAAAAAUAAACGUAUUGAAGAGUGUGAAUUACUAGCAAAACAUCUUGCUGAACAAAAAAAAUUAAGUGACACAUUAAAUCGUAAAUAUGAAGAUAGCCAAGGUGAAAUAAUUGUGUUAAAAAGAAAAUACCAAAUGUCAAUGAAAGAAUUAUCACGUGAGCUACAACAGUGUAGAAAAAAAAUUGAACAAUAUGAAAGUAAAUUAUCAAAUGAUAAUGAUAAAAAAUUAUUUGUUAAUUCAAAUGGUGGUGUUUCAUCAGGUGAAAAUAGUACAAGUGAAUCACCAAUUGCAUAUAAUGAUCUUGAUAAAAAUUCACUUAUUGAAAAAAUAUUAAAAAUGCAACGUGUUAAUGUUAAAAGAGCUGAAAAAAUUGAUUUUCUGGAAGAAAAUUCAAGAGCACAACUUGCUGAAUUACAAAAGAAAAAUAAAAUAAUACAAAAUUAUAUUUUACAUGAAAAUUUUGAUGCUAUGGGAAAUUCUGAAAGUGAUAGAUACAAGGCACAGCUUGCAAGACAUGGUGGUAUUAUGGCAUCUGUAUUUAAUCAUCGAGUUUCUGAUAACAACAUGACACUUGAAUUGUCAUUGGAAAUUAAUCAAAAAUUACAAGCUGUUUUAGAAGAUGCUCUUUUAAAAAAUAUCACACUUAAGGAUAAUAUUGAUACACUUGGUGAAGAAAUUGCAAGAUUAUCCAUGAAAAAUCAACAACUACUAAAAACAACAACAAAAUAACAAAAAUAUAAAUAUUUAAUUAAUUCUCAAAAUUAUAAUUAAUUAAUCAUCAUCAAAUUGUCAUCAAGAAAACAAUUCCAUGACUUUUUUUUAUUAAUUUAUUUUUUUUUAUUUUAUAUAUAUUUUAUUGUAUUAUUUUUUAAACUAUUUUUAUUUUGAUGAAAUUUUAUUUUUAAAUUUAUUUACUUACCUUUUUAUUUAUUAUUGUCUUUUUUUUUUUUUCAAUGACAUUAUUCUAUUGUAUAUUUUGGUGCUGAUGAAAAAUGAUAGUAUUUUAUUAUAUUUAAAUUAUAAAUAUUUAUAAAUAAUAAAAAUUGAUCAAGAAAAUUAUAUUUAAUUUAAAAAAAAAUUGUUUGUAUUGUACUUUAAUUGUUGUUUAAUUGUUUAUAUAUCCUGUUCC